GAACCAGGAAAUCCAGUUGAGUUGAAUCCAAGCCUCACAGAUCUCUGAUCUUGAUCACUCUCACACGCACUGAUUUUGUCGCCACCAUAGUGUGAGACUGAGAACAAGCGAUGGCCACCUCCAACAUGGCAUCCGCCGCUUCUGUGUUUGUGUUCGCACCAUCGGUCACAUCCAAUUCAGCUUCCAGGACUUCCACGUUCAUGUUCCCACCCAACAACUCCUCGAGGUUCGUCGUCAGGGCCGCCGACGAGGCUGCGGCGGCUCCUCCCGCCACCGCCGCCCCACCGUCCGAAGGCGAAACACCAAAACCCAAGCCUCCUCCUAUUGGCCCCAAGAGAGGAACCAAGGUUAAGAUUAUGAGGAAGGAAUCUUACUGGUAUAAAGGCACUGGUUCUGUUGUUGCUGUUGAUCAGGACCCGAAGACUCGGUACCCGGUGGUGGUUCGAUUCAACAAGGUUAACUAUGCCAACGUAUCAACCAACAACUACGCCUUGGAUGAAAUUGAGGAAGUGAAUUGAGUGUUGUCUCUUCCCCUCCGUGUUCAUUUUGUAAUUUUGACUCUUGUUCUCCCCUUCCUUUUAUGGAUUAAGGGAUUUGAUUUCUACUCCUACUCUCUCUCUCUCUCUCUCUCUCUCUCUACCCCUUUGAUCUUUCAAUAUUCUACAUUCCAUGUGCUUUUGUUCA